GGGCAGGGCACGGACCACACGACGGCCCUAGCGCCCCGUGUGUGGGUGCCCACACCCCAGCUUUACAGACAUGGAGACCGAGGCGGAGGUCAGGCAGGGCUCAGGUUGAUGCCCGGGGAGGGGCCAGCCCUGGCAGCGAUGGGGGCACCCCCCAGGUGACCGCAGGCCCCCGGAUGCCCAGCCCGGGACCUUCCUGGACCAGGCCAAGGAGGGGACGUGUCCAAAGCUUCUGAGUAGCUGAUCACCAGGAGGGGCAAGGGGCAAGGAGGGGUCACCACGGCCACUCGGAGUCUGACUGGGGACUGAGGGUAACUGUGCCCUUCUCAGGGGUGGGGACCGCAGAGGGCAGGGAUGGGGCAGCAUUGAAUGCACAGAGUGUCAGGUGCCCGUGGGCCGUGGGUGGCUGGACGUGGGGGAGUGGGCCAGAGAGAGGCCGGGGCUGGGGAUGGAAGCAUGUGGGGCCGGGGAGGUGCUCCAUGUGUGGUGUGUUUCGACGUUUGGCUGGGUCACAUCAGGACUGGGCGGUCUGCAUGAUGGCAGGGUCUGUGCUGUGGCUGCAGGUGGGUGGCCAUGGUUGGGAGGGAAGGUCACUGGCUCUGGGUGGCAGGGGGUGGCCACUCAAGUGGUCACACGGGUAGAUGGACGAUGCUCUCAUCUUUUCCCGAGGGUGCAGACCCCACCCGUACCUUGUGACAGAGGGCUGUGGGUGGACCUGCAGCCCCCACAGGACAAUUGACUUCAGGGGCUGCUGCCCCACCCCCUCCCCCGACACUGUGCCUGCAGGGGGGCCCUGGCUGACAUGCGAGAGUCCCUAAGAAGCUGAGAAGCUCACCACCCCGCUGGGGAGAAGAGCUGGGGCCAAGGACCCUCUGGGAUCUGUAGCUGCAGGGUGGGGCAGUCCGGCAUGCUGCCUGGAGGAGGCAGCCAGACCUGUGUGGGCAGCGGUGGGCACUGUGCUGCAGGGCUCUCCUGGAUUAAGGCUCUGCUUCCUCCUUGGAGUCUGACCCCCCGUGGGGACCUGCCCCACCCUUCUCUGAGGUUCUCGAAACCGCGCUGCAGGAGCAGAAGGGCGAGCUGCGCAAGCGGCUGUCCUACACCACGCACAAGCUCGAGAAGCUCGAGACCGAGUUCGACUCCACGCGCCACUACCUGGAGAUCGAGCUGCGGCGCGCACAGGAGGAGCUCGAGAAGGUCACGGAGAAGCUGCGCAGGAUUCAGAGCAACUACAUGGCGCUGCAGAGGAUCAACCAGGAGCUGGAGGACAAACUGUACCGCAUGGGCCAGCACUAUGAGGAAGAGAAGCGAGCGCUGAGCCACGAGAUUGUUGCCCUCAACAGCCACCUGCUGGAGGCCAAGGUGACCAUCGACAAGCUGUCGGAGGACAAUGAGCUCUAUAGGAAGGACUGCAAUCUAGCGGCCCAGCUGCUGCAGUGCAGCCAGACCUACGGCAGGGUCCAUAAGGUGUCCGAGCUGCCCUCCGACUUCCAGGAGCGCGUGAGCCUGCACAUGGAGAAGCACGGCUGCAGCCUGCCCUCCCCGCUCUGCCGUCCGGCCUAUGCCGACAGUGUCCCCACCUGCGUCAUUGCCAAGGUGCUGGAGAAGCCUGACCCCACCACCCUGUCCUCCCGCCUGUCUGAUGCCUCAGCCCGCGACCUGGCCUUCCGGGAUGGGAUGGAGAAGCAGGGCCCACGCCCCCCCUACAAGGGGGACAUCUACUGCAGCGACACGGCCCUCUACUGCCCCGAGGAGCGGCGGCGCACCCGGCGGCCCAGCGUGGACGCGCCCGUGACCGACGUGGGCUUCCUGCGGGCCCACAACUCCACCGACAGCGCAGCCGAGGAGGAGGAGGAGGCCGAGGCGGCCGCCUUCCCCGCAGGCUUCCAGCAUGAGGCCUUCCCAGGCUAUGCGGGCUCGCUGCCCACGUCCAGCUCCUACUCCAGCUUCAGCGCCACGUCGGAGGAGAAGGAGCACGCCCAGGCCAGCACGCUCACUGCCUCGCAGCAGGCCAUCUACCUGAACAGCCGCGACGAGCUCUUCGACCGCAAGCCGCCCGCCGCUGCCUACGAGGGCAGCCCGCGCUUCGCCAAAGCCACGGCCAGCGUGGCAGCGCCGCUCGAGGCCGAGGUGGCCCCGGGGUUUGCGCGGACCAUGUCUCCGUACCCCACUGAGCCCUUCCGCUUCCCGGCUUCCCCGGGCCCCCAGCAGGCCCUGAUGCCCCCAAACCUGUGGAGCCUGCGGGCCAAGCCGGGGGCGGCCCGGCUCCCUGGGGAGGACGUGCGGGGCCAGUGGCGGCCCCUGAGCGUGGAGGACAUUGGCGCCUACUCCUACCCAGCCACCACUGCCGGCCGCGCCUCACCCUGCAGCUUCUCGGAACGCUACUAUGGCAGUGGGGGCAGCCCGGGCAAGAAGGCCGAGGGCCGCGCCAGCCCCCUCUAUGCCACCUACAAGGCCGACAGCUUCUCGGAGGGUGACGACCUCUCCCAGGGCCACCUGGCAGAGCCCCGCUUCCUCCGGGCCGGCGGCGACCUGAGCCUGAGCCCCGGCCGCGCAGCCGACCCACUGCCCGGCUACGCGCCCAGCCAGGGGGACGCGGAGAGGCUCGGGGUGCAGUUGUGCGGGGCGGGCGGCAGCCCUGAGCCCGAGCACAGCCCCCACAGUUCCAGGGACUCCCUGGAGCCCAGCUCCAUGGAGGCCUCCCCGGAGAUGCACCCCGCUGCCCGCCUCAGCCCCCAGCCAGCCUUCCCGCGGACUGGUGGCUCGGGGCUCAGCCGCAAGGACAGCCUCACGAAAGCCCAGCUCUACGGAACCUUGCUCAACUGAGCACCUGCCUGCAGGCCGCAGCCACCCACCCCACCUGGGCCCCGAGGGCACAGCGCGCCUCUCCCCGAGUCACCCGUCCCCCCCAGCCCCCCCCCACCAACCAGGACCCUCUCUUCCACCCAACCCAGUCGGGCCUGAGAGGAGGCCCCCUCCCCCCCCACAGCAUCUUGCCCAUCCCAGCCCCGCCGCGGUGGAACGUUUUUCACACCCCAACAUCCUUCCCCACCUGAGAUGAGCAUUUCCCCCCUUUUAUAAAGUGAAACUAUUUUUAUAGAGAAAAAGGGUCUUUCUUAACGCACUUGGCCUCCAGCUCCCUGGAUGGCAGCCUUGGCGUUUUCAACACAAAGCUCCUUUAUUUUUCGGGGGAGGACAAGUGGAGCCUGCCCCUGGGAGGGGAAGGACGGUGUCUUGUGGAGACACCCCCAGUGGGCCGGUGACCAGGGAACCCGAAACUCUGUCCACGAAGAGGGGAACUGGAAUGGGUGGAGGGAUGUGAAAUGUUUUUAAACUGUUUUCGCCGUGUGACCGAUACACCACCCCAGCUCUCCUGUGGUCCGCUGUCCCGAGUGGGGCCGGUGCUCGUCCCCCAGUGUCCCGCUCCCCGGCACCACCUCGCUCUACCUCAGACGUAAUGAGGCCCUCCAACUCCCGGUUUCUGUGGCUUGCUCUCCUGUUGUCUGCGAUGCAUGCCUUGUCUCAGUUAGUACUGUACUUCUGUUCAUUAAUAAAAGACAUCGGUGGAAAGAACUUGGCUCCGGGUUGUUUCUUCUCCCCACGGCCU